AUAACAUAGUUCUCCUGUUCUCAUCUAUACCCGGAGUAAAACAAACCUGGUUCCACUUGUUAUAACUAUACAGUAUACAUACAUUGAGAAGUGAGACUUAACUCCGAUUUACCAAAUAUGGUUUCGUAUCCAAAUAAUAAACCAAAUCACCACAUUUGCAAAAAUAAGCAGUGCAGCUGCACCAAAAGCAACAAUAUGCAAGGCACCAAGAACAAUGUAAAGCUCACAGUCUGCACCAAGGGCAAUGUGAAGAUCAGCACCAAAAGCAGCCUAAAGCGUUCCCCCUCCACCAAGAGCAAGAAAAAGCUGAACAAGAUCAAGUAUAGUACUUGGGGCAAGAACAGCAACAGUAUCAGCAGUAGGGGAAAUAGGAAGACCAAGAGUAGCGACAACAUUCAUUGUGUUUCCAGCAGCAAUAUCAGCAACAGCUCCGCUCACAACUACAUCAGUUGUGUUAAAAACAUGGAUAGAUGUUGCUCUUCCCACAACUAUGUCAACUGCAAUAACAAUGACGAGAAAAUCCAUUUCAAGCCGAAGUUAUCAAAAUUCAGGUUUUCGUUUGGAAACCUGUCCAGGUUCUUCCCUAGCCGGUCAGCUGUGCAGACCUGCAAGAAUACAGAAUUUGAGUGGAUUGGACCCUCAGAGCAUCUUGAGAGAAAUAUACCUUUGAAGGAGAUAACUCCUGUGCUCAAGGGUAGGAUUGGAACACAGGGAGCCAGGUCUUUCAUUGCUCCAAAUCAUGUUUUCAUGAGGAACACAAGAUCCCCAGGGUUCAAGAUUUACGAAGAUUAUCCAAGUUUGAAAAAGAAGCGAACCCUCUCUAAAAGCUUAAAUUUACCAGUAGUAUCCGAGGUUUCUUAUGUAAACCUUCAAACCCCGCCCCCACCUCUCCCUCCCCGAAACAGAAUGGUAUCAAAGAGCAAACCAAACAUUGUCAGAAGAUGUAUCUUCUCUCCUCAAGUGCACAGAUCCCAGAGUUCGUUCCCUCCAGUUGUUGCAGGUGCCUGGAGAAGAACUGGAGAAGUUUGCAACCAAAGAUCAAGUUGGGGAAACCGGGUUCUUCGGGUCUAAUCCUAAACCAGUCUUCUCAAGUUUGGAACAAACCUGCUCAAGAAAUUGUACAUAGACAAAGAUUUUCACAUUUAAUCUGCAUUUAUUCUAUAUUUAAAGAUAUAUUUAUUUGUAUAUUUAAGAUUAAAUAUAUAUAUAUUGAUUACAACAUAGUUUC